AUGGCGGCGCAACAAUUCGAGGUGGAAGUUCACGGAACGAAGCGUCCCGCCGAAGGAGAGCUUGAUGAUCAGCCCCUUGCGAAGAAAUUCGGGGGUUUGCGAAUAGGCCCUUUGGCUAUGGUCCGUUCGCCGGAAAGGCGGCAAGAGCAACCUUGUCUGAUUCCUAAGCCCAACGGUUUUGACGACGCAAUGAUGCUAGAUGACACGAAGCACACUGUCUACAUCCAUGAUUUGGAACAGGAGUUGGAGGAACCCCUAUUCCUUCAGGAUGGUCUUACGAUCCUGCCCGGCCUGAGCGACAGGUUGUCAAUGCCAAAGUUGCUCGUCUCAAGUGCCAAGCCUGAAUGCAAGGAGGUAGUUCUCUACAGGGAACCUGAAUCACUUUCGAUACCAAAGGAUAAGGAUCAAGUCCGACGGGCACUUAUAGAAACUAGAGAGAGAGCUAGACUGGGGCAGUCGAAAGAUCGGCGUGAUGUGGAUGAGGGGAAAGAAGGGCAGGUUGCAGGGCAGCUGGAAAAGUCCAGGAAGAGUGAUUACGAGCAGUUUGGUAAUGAUAUAAUGGAUAUUGACGCGGAGGCUGGGACGUGA